AACAAAAAGUCCGCUGCUUACCUUCCUUACACCGUCUCCUUUGGUCCUUACCAUCACCACAAGGGUGACCAUCUGAAGAAGAUGGAUCCCCAUAAGCACCGUGUCCUCGCUCAUUUCCUUAGAAGAUACAAAAUAAAUCUCCAAAAACUUGUGGACUCACUCACCACCACCAGCUGCAGAUGGCAACAGGUAGAUCAUGUUGACGAGCCCAGUACUGAUCCAAAAGCGUUACCUAUACAUGUUCAGGAGGAGGUAUUACCUGUACUGCAGCAUCUAGAGGAUUCGUAUGACUCCUUAGAUGAUGAGUGGCUCCAUGAUCGAGAUGGGUUCUUGAAGCUAAUGAUACUUGACGGAUGUUUCAUGCUUGAAAUUUUACAGUGGUGGUCCGUAUCUGACUAUCAUAAAGCAUUUUCAUCUGGAUCAGUUACAGCAGCCACAUCCUUGGUCGGCUCAAUUGAUGACUACUUCUAUGCUGACAAUGACCCUAUAUUCAGUCUUCACGGGAAGUUAUAUGUUAUGUCUUACAUAAGAAGAGACAUUUUGAUGCUGGAAAACCAACUCCCUAUGCUUCUUCUUAAGACUUUGCUCGGUGCCGUUCUACCCACUCAACAGAAGGAGGAUAUAGAAGAGCAUUUGAACACGAUUGCAUCCAACUUUUGUAGAGGAAAUUCAAGUUAUAGAAAUCGAAAUACGGGUUCAUGUUUGCACGUAUUAGACCUCUACAGGAAGAGUUUGUUAUCUAAUAUUUUGCCAGAUGAACCACCGGCAGGCUCCGCCCCUGAAAAUAAGAACUCCGGUGAUCAUUUCUGUUGGGGCCGCAGUAAGGCGAAAGGUCCUACUACUAUAUUUUCUGGUCAGCCGGCGAGUGCAGACCAGAAAAAUAGUGCUGCUGGUAGCGAUGGCACCGGUGAAGAUAUCAUAAGGUCGGCAAUGAAUCUUCAUGACUCUGGAAUCAAGUUUGAGAAAAGUACGGAUAACCUGACUGACAUAUCGUUCAAAGGUAACAUACUGAAACUUCCGGUGAUGGUCAUUGACGACAUUACAGAAUCAACGUUACUCAACCUGAUGGCAUUCGAGAGGUUCCACGUAGGAGUAGGGAACGAUAUCACAUCAUACGUGUGCUUCAUGGACAAUAUCAUUGAUUCCUCGGAUGAUGUUAAAAUCUUGAGGUCCGCUGGGGUUUUGCACAAUGCAAUAGGGAGUGACAAGGCAGUGGCGAAGUUGUUUAACGAGAUGACCAAGGACGUAACUCCCGACCCAGAAAGCAGACUAGAGAAAAUAGUGCAGAAGCAGUUGGAUGAAUACUGCAAGAGCAAGUGGCACGAGUGGCGUGCUAACCUCAGCCACACCUACUUCAAGAGCCCAUGGGCUCUUAUCUCACUGUUGGCUGCAGUCUUUCUCUUGGCUCUCACCAUAUGUCAGACUUUCUAUACCAUUUAUCCCUACUACAGGCCCAGUGGAAAAUAGUACGUACUUCAUUAUUUCGAUUUUUCUAGUCUUUUCCGGUU